UUCUGAAUAAGAAAAAAUGUCUGCUUACAUUUGUGUACCGUCUGGUAUCUCUCGGUGUUGCGUGCAUAUCUUCAGUAUGAUUAAUGUGGUACAUGUGGUCAUGAGCAUAAGGAGCUUUGUCAUGUUAGAGGCGAAUAUGUUGAGACAUUCUGCACUUACCUGGUAUAAUGGCAUUUAGCAUAGAUCCUCAUUGCG